AACUUAAAACAGGUGAAAAUAAGAAAAAGAAAGAAAGAAAGAAGUAGGGUAAGUGUAGGAGACGAAGAAAGGAAAGGAGGAGAAAGAAAGAAAGAAGGAAGGAAGGAAGGAAGGAAGGAUGGAGUGUGGUGCCUUCUACCCGCUGGCCUGCUGCUGCUGUCUCUUCCUGCUGCUCCUCGCCCAAGCAGGAGGAAAGCAGAUUACAGCGCAAGAUUGUAAACCGGGCAAAAUUAUCUGUGAUGACCGCCCCACCCGCUGCUGUGACCCCCCGGAGCGGCCCUGGCCCCCAAGCUCCCUACCCCUCCCCCACUGCAGGCGCCCCCAGCCUGGCACAACGCUCCGCAAUCCCCACUGGCGCCCCCGUCCCCGCCCGCCCCCUCCCAUCUGGACCAACUGGUAUUUUUGGGUGAUGGUGGCGGCGGUGGUGGUCCUGUGUCUGGCUGGCUGUGGCUACUGGCGGAGGAGAAAAAUUUAUGAAUCGUCCGCCUCGCAAACCCUCGGCCACGCUCAUGCCUACUGCACCCCCCCCUCUGACGACACCCCCAUGUACGGCCCCACUGCCUUCCUGCCCCCCACCCCAUACCCUGCCCCCCCUCCAUACAGUGAGGCAGCACGGCCAUCUUUCGACCCCCUGGAACAGCAUAUCUAUGAUGCUAUGCUAGGAGGCCGCAGUGUGUACGACUACUACGACAGGAGACACCCCAAUGCGUACUACGACCGCUACUUCCUCCCUGACGACACCUCCUCCAGUGAGACGACCUCCCUCCUCUCCUACCACCUCCAUCGCUCCUGCUCCUCCCACCUGCCCCCCCGCCACCACCACCAUCACCACCACCACCACCACCACUCCAUCAGGAAGUGUGGGGGGGAUAUGCUGGCACCACCCCCUUACUCUGAGGUCGCCGCCAAGCCGGAGCUGUACCCAGUGGUGGUGAUGAGAGGCGGGAUCACUGAGGUCAAUUCCGUCAAGUCCAUGGGCGACACCACCAGCACCGGCCACCCCCCCCACCACCACCACCACCACCACCCCCCGCCCUUCCCCUACAGCCACUGCCACCACUACCUGUACCGUUCAGACUCCUUACUGUGGGUGAGGGUGGAGGCUGAGGCAUUCCUGUGGAGACACACCUCUUGUUUUGGGGGAGCAGGAGGAGGCUCUGUGUCUACACCUGAGGGAUCGCAGAGCUCCAGCUACACGUGUGGUGCGGCCCAGCAGGGCGAGGGGCGCGGCGGCAUCAGAGUGUCGUCCCCAGGCUGUGUGCUGGCCAUGGCAUCCCCGGCAUCAUCCGUCGGCCCUCACGCCUCAGAUGUGUCUAGCCUGCCACCCACCUCCCCCCCUUCACCCCCUGCACCCACCUCCCCCACCCUGCCCCCCUCCCCCGCCACCAGGGAGCUGCAGGACGUGCUGCAGAAGAUCAGCCAGCUGCCAGGCGCCACCACUCCCCCCACCUCUCACCCAUCUGGCCCCACACUGUCCCGCCAUGCCCACUACAGCCCCGCCAGGUCACGCACUCGCCGGCCCCUCGGGGCAUCCCUGUCCCUGGAGGCCUCGGCACCCUCCCGGCCCCGCUCCCUGCCUCUCCACUCCUCUCCGCUCUCCUCCCCGCCUUGCCUCCAUGAGCCCCCCUCUCCGCUGCUCACCACCUCUGCCUCCACUCCCAACCUGGCCGCCUGCUGGCCCUCGCCGCCACCCCGCAGGCAUCUGGUGGCCUCCCUGGUGGAUGGCAGCUCCAGAGUGGUGAGCCGGCCGGCCUCUGAGGCGCCAGACUCUGCCCUGUUCAGCGAGGGGAUGUGGGGCCGGGAGGCGGGCGACCACAGGUUCAGGUGGAGACUGCAGGACCUCGGGGACAGGGUGUAGUGGGGAAUGUCACAGCACACCCUUCAAAUCCUGCCCUGAUUGCCCCUCCUGGUGCUGUGGUGUGGGUGGUGGGUGUCUGUGGGGGCAGCUCACCCCUACACACCUGCACACACCUGCAUCUGGCUGCUUCUGCAGCCUGAGUCCCGAAAUGUCUCCCUAUUUGCUUGGUCUUCCAGUUUGGACUACUUCGCUUAACAGUUCCUCUCGGCGGGGCCUCCUGCCGUACGUGAGGUGUUUUAGAUGCCUUGUGGUGCUUCGUAGAUACCCUAGAGCUGUGUAGAGACAUUGCCCAGGUCUUCUUAAGGUGUAGGAGUCUUCACAUCACCCACAACUUAGACAGCAAAAAAGACUCAGCUGAAAAAAAAAGUAAGUAGGUAGUCAUGAUGGAACGCUGCUGUUUUUACCGUCUGUAGCUCACGUACCUAGGCUUGGUUGGGAAAUGUUGGCCUCCACACUGCUGGUGACUGUGUGGAGAAGUGUUAGGUGUGGGUAGUGGUGAGGAGGAGCCAUUAACACUUGGUGAUUAAACUGAUACUGUUUGUGUGUGUUGUGAUGAAGUGUGUUGAUCAGCCAGUGUAUUGUGAUGAAGUGUGUUGAUCAGCCAGUGGUGUGUUUUAGCUACAGGUUGUGUUGUGAGGCAAGCAAUACUGUACAAGGAAAGACUGCAGUGUUGUGUGUUGUGUUGGUUGUGAAUACUGACAGGGAAAGCAUAGCAGUGUUGUGAAGACUGGUGGUUAAAGGAAUGUUGUGUUGUGUGGGAUUAAGUAACACUGUCUUGUGUGUGUUGGGUCUCCAGCAACACAAGAAAGACUAUAAGACUGUUGUGUUGUCAAGUGUUGGCUUGGAGUGUUUUGUUUGUUGGUUAUGAGUGUAUCAAGCAACAUAUUGAAGGUAAAGAAUGUAGUGUUGUAGUGUUGGGCAGAAGUGUUUUGUCUAUUGAUUCAAGAACACACAACACUUCAUAUCACUGCAACACAGGUUAUGGUCCACACAAGCAACACUUUCAAAACAGUGUUGGACUGUGUAUUGCAUCAAACAGCAACUCAAACACACACAAACAUUUAUGGACAAGUUGACCACAAACACACUCAAGUUGGCAAUAAUCUGUAACACUAAAAAGGAGCAAAAGAAACACUGAUAACUGAGAAAAACAAUAUAAGACCAAGCUGAGAAAGUGUUGCAGUGUUGAUAGUGUUUUUUUUCUUUUAUAAUGGAAUAGAGGAAGCAAAAUGGCAACAAAAAAAAAAAGAAAAGGCCCACUUGAUUGCCAGUUCCCUAAAAGAUCAAGAGAAUUAACCAGAGAAUUGUAGAGAACUGGAGAAACAAACACUCAAUCUGCAACAACCUUUAACACUUGAACUAAAAGAAAAACACACUAAUCACUCAAAGAAAACACAGAAAAUGAAGCAGGGGAAGUGUUGCAGAGUUACUAGUGUUGCCAGGGUGAGGAGGAAUGUGUAGGCAGCUUUAGGUCUUGUAAACACACUAACUACUCCAAGAAGAACACAGAAAAUGAAGCAGGGGAAGUGUUGCAGAGUUAUUAGUGUUGCCAGGGUUAGAAGAAGUGUGUAGGCAGCUUGAGGUAUUGUGUCUCAGUCUGCGUAAGGGAAAUAUAAGCACAAUUCUGUUCUUAGGUAAAGUCUGUGUAUGCUCUCCUCUCCUCUCUAUAGUGACUGACUGCUGGUUUGUGCCUCAGCCUCCUCUACUCUUGACUUGCAGAGAGAGAGAGAGAGAGAGAGAGAGAGAGAGAGACUAAACGCUGAGUUCUCAGUACUUUAAAGACGAAGAAACUAAAAUAAUGAUAAACGAAAUGGAAAAGUCUUCUCUAAUUCUGGCUUGCAAAUGAGAGAGAGAGAGAGAGAGAGAGAGAGAGAGAGAGAGAGAGAGAGAGAGAGAGACUGAACACCUGAUACUAUAAACUCACAAGACAAGAUUAAUAAACAAGCUAAAUUGACAACAGAGAAAUGAAAAAAAAAAGUCUUCUCUACUGAUUUGCAAUGUUUUCAGGAGAGAGAGAGAGAGAGAGAGAGAGAGAGAGAGAGAGAGAGAGAGAGAGAGAGAGAGAGAACACAAGGAAGAUACUAUGAAUGUCUAUCAGUACUAUACAGCAAACUCGCAAGAAAAGACCGAGAAACUAAAAGGAGAAAUGAGAAAUGAAAAAUAUCUCCACUCUAAACUUGCAAUUAAAAGAGAGAGAGAGAGAGACACUGAUCACUCUUCAAUACUUUAAACUCACAAAAAGAUUAGAAAAUAUGAGUUAUGUAGAAAAAUAAACGCUUUAGAACGACAAACAAGCAUAUAAAUGAAGACAAAAGAGAAUGAUAAGGAAAAAGUGAAAGAAUUAUAUAGAAAAUGAAUACUAUAGAAUGACAAACAAGCUUAGAAAUAAAGAAAAAAGAGAAUGAUAAGGAAAAGAUGAGAAUUAUGUAGAAAAUGAACACUAGAAAGGCAGAUAAACUUACAAACAUUGGAAGUGUGAGAGAGAAUGUUUAUUAUGAAAACGUCCUCACAAACACUUCAAGAAUAGCAAACACACAACACGCUGAGGAAAGUGUGUGUAGCGUGAGUGUUGAUCUAAAAAGUGUGCGAGAGUGAGACAAAAGCAGAACCCUUGAAAUAAUGAGAUAAGCUUAACAGACAUGAGGAAUGAAGAGAUAUAAGCUUGCAAAGGAGAUUAACUGAGACACACACACACAAGUCUUUUGAAAACUAUAAUGGGGACCUCCAGAAAAAUUUGUGUCUUGUGGAAUAUAUUAAACUCAGCCUGCUUUAGAAAUCAGACAAAAAAUAUGCUUGCGGAAAAUAUAAAUGAAAAAAAAAUAAUGAAAAAAAAGUUGUGGGAGAGAAAAAUUAUUUGUUAAUAUGCUUUGAGAAGAGAGAAAUAUACACUUGCAGAAAAUGUAAAUGAAAAAAAAAUAACAGGAAAAAAGUUACGAGAGAGAAAAAUUAUUCGUUGACAUAGUUUGAGGAGAGAGGAAAUAUAUGCUUGCAGAAAAUAAAAUAGAAAAAUAACAGAAAGAAAAGUUACGUGGAGGGAAAAAUUAUUUGUUAAAUGCUUUGAGGAGAAAGAAAAACAUGCUUGCGGAAAAUAAAAUAGAAAAAAAAAAUCAACAUGGGAGGGAGAAAUGAUUUGUUGACAUGCUUUGAGGUGAGAGACAUGCUGACAGACAUGCUUGCAGUGCUUUAAAGGGAAGCAUGUGUGUAGAAUGAGCUAGCAAGACUGAAUGGGGAAUUGCUGAUCCUGCCUUACAGUGAGACAAACACAUGCUUGCUAAAACACUAAUGGUGAAUCACUGUGUAUCUCAAAGUGUGGUGAAGGGAGAGUGUCGAGGGAUGGUGAGGUGAUUGUGGUAGUGAAGAUAAGGUGAAGCUGUGGUGGGAAUGAUGAGGGGAGGAGGAGGAGGAAGAGAAGAGAUGUGAGAAGAAGGAGGAGGAAGAGAGAAGAUGUAGGAAGAAGAAGGAGGAAGAAGGAUGAGGAAGAGAGGUGUUGGGAAGAAGGAGAAGGAAGAAAAGAAAAAGUGUGGAAAGGAAAAUGAGGAAGAGAAGAUGUAGGAAGAAGGAGGAGGAAGAGGAGAGGUGUGGGAAGAGGAAGGAAGGAAGAGAUGUUGGUGCUUGGAAAAAUGUGCGGUGCUGAAACUUGAAUGAGGAAUGUUGUGUCUUUAAAUAUGUUUAAGGAGAGACACUGGCAGAGAUUAGAAAAAAUAUAUACCUCGCAGAAAAAGAGAGA